GUUGCGACGACGAACCAGUGUGGUCACGUAAGCCCACCAUACCGCAUGGUGGAUACAUGUUUCCUUUAACUCGACGUCGUCUAAAAUGCUAUAAUUGUGUAUUGUUGUUAUUUUGCAAGGGGCACAACGAACUUGUGGAACAGCCACCUCCAGCCUUGCAUACGAGUGCUGGCAUAUACCUGGUUUUGCUUAAAUAUUAUUGGAACACAAUUGAAUCGUAAUCUGAAUAAUCAAAAAAGAAUUGGAGCUUUUAAUAUUUGCUCCUUAUCACUAAAGCACUGUUAAAAAUGAAGUGGUCACCCGGUGCUCUAUUCUGUGAACAAGUUGGUGAAUUAACUCGAGUUUUCUCACAAUGGAAUGAGUGUGAGCAAACUGUAGUUUUAUAUGCACUACUUCGUCGCAUUCCUGCAGUUCAAGCAAGGUUUCUUGCACAAGCAGUGCAACAUUCCUUGCACUCUGUUUCUGAAUUAGACACACAGGAACUAAAUGCUAAUAAUCCAGCAUUUAUUAACUCAUUGCUAUCAGAAUCAACAGAAAUUGCUAUAAAUCAACUUCUAACACAUUUGCCAUUAUUAAGGCCUGGGAAUAUAGAGUGCAAACAAUGUUAUUUAGUAGCAAUACCAGAAUUAGUAAGCCAUUGUGUAACUACAGGGCAAUUUACCGAACAAACACAACAACUGUUAAGUUAUUGUUUGAUUCAUCCAGCUAUAACUAGUCAAGAUAGACGUUCCUUGACUCAGUGGCUUCGACAUCUUGAAGAACGUAUUAGUGGUACACCACCAAUACAAAGUCUCGAAGAUUACACUAGUACUACUAUUAGAUGGGAUAAUGCAUGGCAGCGAAAUUCUAAACAGCAAAGUGAACAGACAAGUUUAUUUGGCACACAACCAGGCACUGCCUUCAAUUUGCAAUUUCCUCCACCUGUAACUCGUCAACGACGAUCGAACAGUUUAACACCACCCGUUGCUCCAUCUCAUCAUCUAGAAGUUGUUGAUCGCAGUAACAAUAUAAAUUGUACAACUAAACAUAAGCCACGAAGCUUCAGCGUAUCUGGAGAUCAUACAAGCAAUCUUAUUGGAUUAGGCCCAUUGAGUCCUCAAAGUUCUUGCGCAAGUAGCGGCAGCGAAGGGCGUUUAGAUGAAACAUCUACCCGAUCGCUUGCUAGUGGUAUGAGAGAUGUCCCAUCAUGGCUUAAAACUUUACGCCUUCAUAAAUAUAGUUAUCUAUUUGUUACUCUCAGUUACGAAGAAAUGCUUCAGUUAACUGAGGAACAAUUAGCAGAACAAGGCGUGACGAAAGGGGCCCGACAUAAAUUGGCUCUUUCUAUCGCAAAAUUGCAACAACGCUAUACAACACUUCUAAAUUUAGAGAAAGACUUAUUACAACCAACGCGCGAUAAUACACAAUCAGCUUCGUUUUUACAAGGUCCGACAGUGUUGGUUAAUACGAUCGAUGAAUUAAAAACUAUCUUAGCUACUCCCAUGAAACCCAGCCAAGAAAAUGAUCUUCAGGAUAUACCUGCACAAUUCACCAAGGUUCUUGGGAAACUGUGUAGCCGGUUGGCACUGGAUAGCGUGGAUGACGGUAUUUUAUGCGCUUGUAUUAACAUAUUAGAGAAAGUAUUGCAGCAUGAUUGCUUUACUCCAAAUCAAAAGGAGAAGGUACAACAAUGGCGCAGUAGACUUGGAAAUCCACGACCAACUCCAAAGUGGCAACAUAAUUAUGGCUACAAUAAUAGAAGGUACUGUAACCCCCAGCAGCAUAAUAGAAAACCAAGUUUAAACUUAGGACACAUCCAUAAUACACAUCCACAAAACAAUUCUUUUGUGGUUAGCACUCACAGAAACAGUAUAUCUACACCGUAUUUACAAAAUAAUCAGAACCAAAGCGUAAAUCAGAAUACUUUACGUCCAGUCCACGCGACCAAAAAGCGACCUAGUUUACAAGAAUCCAGUUUACAGCAGUUACAAAGAACGUUACAACGCACAUACAGUGCACCGAGGGAUCAUUUUCUUAGCCCGAGUAACAACAACGCGUCCGAAACAACGGAGCCAGAAAUCAACUCUCGUCUCGAAUCUCUUUGUUUAAGAAUGACGGAACAAGCAAUCGGUGGUUUCGGUGAGGCCUAAUAAAUUCGUUUUUUUCGUUGACUGGAUCUACACAGUAAGUAAGUCCUGUUAAAAACAGAAAAAUUAUAAAACGACAUAUGUGUCCGAGCUCCGUUCUUUCAAAGUCGAAGGCAAGACUGACGCCCUUACAUUUUGCGAGAGUAAAGAGACUCCGAUAGCAAUGAUAAAUACUGACAAGUAGCACGUAUAAAACGUGCAUGCAUUCUCACGCUUUAAUAGCCCUACCAAAUGAAAUGUCCAACAUUUGAGACAUUUACACCAAGAAAACUCAGUUUUGCGAUGUCAGAACGACACGCGAAGGAAAACUAAAAAAAAAUAUUUUUUAUUAUAUCUGAUGCAAUUAUACUAUUUAAUUGAAACUGACAGAAUUUGGCAAGCCAAAUGCUAUUAGGAAGAUAGAUUCUUUCCUUGACUAAUUGCUGCAUCUAUAUAAAUGUAUUAUAUAAAGAAUAUAUAUGUAUACACAUAUGAGAUAGAAUUUUAUGGGAAGCGGAUAAAAAAACGUAUAACAUAUAUUAAAACGAAAAAAAAGGGGACGAAAAAGGUACACCACACUAAUUGUGCGAUGUUUGCAAUAUUAUUAUUUCCGUGUGUUAUCCAUUUCGGGAAAUGGAAUUUGUCUGAUUUUAAGCGCCAGGGCACAUUAUAUACUAAUGUAUUCAUUUUAACGAACUGACUGAUUUUACUUCUUUUUAACAUUACUACGAUAAUUAUCUCUCCGUUCUACUUUCUUAUUGCCACCGCCGCUAUUGCUACUACUUAUUACUCUAUUUUCUAUCGCCAUCGUUUAUUACUAUUCCGGCCGAUAGCUAAUUUGCCACACCAUCAUUCUCAUUAUGUUCAUCAUUGUCUUUACUGCUUGUCAUAUUAUUAUUACUAUUAUCAUCAUUAUUAUAGUUAUUACUACAAUUAUUACUAUGUAAACUCUUAUUACUGCUACUGUUUACUACCAUUUCUCCGGGUGACCACUAACACCAUUAUUAAUAUGCUUUCACGCUAUUGCUAUUUUUACCCUCCUAUCGUUACGACUGUUUCUACUAUUAUCAUCUAUCAGCUAUGCUAUUACUAUUACCAUUACCCUACUACAAGUAGCCCUCACAACUACUCUUACUAUUAUGAGUACUGCUAAUACUAUAACAUAUUAUACUCUCCCCGCUAUCGUCAUUAUUACUGUAUAGUUCUCCUUAGAGGAAAUGGAAAAUCAUACUUAAAAGAUAUAAUACACAAUAUUACUUCGUUACAUGCAUUGAGAGAAAAGGAAGAAAGCUAAGAGAUUAAUCGCAUGUACACGUUCUAAAUUCGCCUUCGCAAUCACGAUUGUUGGAGAAAAAAGAAUAGAAAAAGAUGACAUGCAGCGGUGUGUGUACUUUGUAGUUUGCGCACAGAUCUCGUGAUUCUUUAUACUCUUAUGCGAGGGAGAAGAUAAGGGAGAAAGCGAGAGAGAGUUACCACGUGUCUCUUCUUUUAAAGUCGAAGUUAACAACUAUAAAUAGAAGAGGAUAGGAAGUACUGAAGGAAAGAGAGAGGGAGUAGCGGAAGAAGACGAAGAGAUUAUUAAUAAUAAACGGAUUUUUUAAGGCCUUAAAAAGGUAUAUGUGUCGUGCUAACGAACGCUAAGAAGGGUAUAAGACUAAAUAAUUAAAUAUACACAAGUAGCGAAACGAGUCGAGGAAUGUUAGAACUGAAAAGAAAAACUUGCAUUAUGCUUUCAUGAUGCGACAUCGAAAUCUGUGGCUUUAAAUUAUAAGCGUACACCAUACUACUCUAUAAAUAUGCACUUAUUAGCACUUUAACCGUAAUUACGUCGCGAGUAAAACCGUAGCAUAAUAUUUUUCGUGCAACAAGGAUAGGGAGGAAGAAGGAAAUACGAGAAAGAAAAAAGAUGAAACGGAUGGUGAUGAUUAUGAUAAAAGAACGAGAAACAGAAAGAAAAAGGAACAUGUAAAGAUACGGGAAAGAUUAAAUUUAAUAACUAAAUAUAAUAGUAUUAGCGAUAAACUGAUAUAACGUAUCGAUAAACAAUAUAUGAGACAAGCAAACAAAUAAGCAAAAAAAAAAAAACAAAUAUAUAAACGAAAGACUGAACAAUUCACGCGCCGUGAGCCGAAUGGUGAAUUUCGGGCGUUUCUACAUUCGUUUAAUUCUCGAACAGCUGCACGGCCGCGUGAAUAAAAACAAUUGGAAGACUGUGGAAGGAAAAACCUGUCAAAAUAUUAAGAAUUAGAGAACGAAGCGCGAGAGGAAAGAGAGAAUGAAGACAACAAAUCGAGUGAAAGAGAAAAUUGGAUGAAAGGGCGGGAGAAGAAGAGAAUACGUUUGUAUGUGCGUGCAUGUGAGAAUAUAUAUCAAGUUAACGAGAGAGUAAUUUGCUAGCUAUAUAUCUAGGUUAUAACGAUUUAUUCUAAUGAUCAUACUCUUAUUAGGAUCAUGAAUCUACGUAAUGGCGCGCGGUGAUUUCUCGGUUAAUUAAUUAGCCUGUUUGAAUGAAAAAAGAAAUCGUCUACACGAAACAGAUUAGAGGAACGAUCAAUCGAUACGAUAUUUUGCGGUGAUCAUUCAUCCCCCAUAUUCUUUCCCCCUUUCUAUAAUUGUGAAAAAAAAGAACAAAUUGACGAAAGAAUCGAGUUUCAUAUACAAUUUUACGUAUACGCUCAUCCUAUUCACGUAUACAUAUACACGUACAUAUAGCAUGCAUACAUAAACACUCGUAUACACAGACGGACACACUACGUAUAUUCGACUAGAAUCCCAGAGAUGUUUCGUAUAUAGACAGGAAGACAGACACGUAAUAAUUUUUCGGGAGAGACGGUCAAAAGCUAGUCAAACGUGAAUACAAUUUCUAAUUUCUAUCAGUUUUAAAUGUGUAUAGAUAUUAUUUGUACAUUUAGUUGCGCAAAACGGGGAAAGGAAAACAAAAGAAAGAAAAGAAACGAAUGAAGGAUAAAAAGUGAAAGCAAGGGCGAGCGCGCGCGAUUUAAAAUCUUUAAAUGAAAAAAGAUAAGAAACGAUAAAAUAAAAAAUAGAAGAUAAGAACGAAAAUGGGAGGAAAGAUCUAGAGAGAGAAAAGAAAGCAGAUGAUAAAAAAGAUAUAUACGGUGACUUUAGCGUUAACGCAUGCAAAAGUAAAAGCUGAAAGACUGCUUCCAAACGACUUCAGGAAAUUCGUUCAACGUAGGAUUUAUUAUUUCAUACUGAAACGCAGUAUCUAAAUAAAAGCGAUCAAUUUUAAAAAGGGCAGGACCUGAACUAGCUAAGAAACGCAAAGAGAUAUUAUCCGCAUCGAGCGAACAUGCAUGAUGUGUUUAUGAGAAAAAGUUAAAAAAAAAGGAAAAAAAAGAAAGAGAAGAAGAGAUAGAGAAAUGUAACGAAAGCGUGAUUCUGCCAAAGAUCGACGACCGCUGAAACGAUCACAAACGAACGAGAAAAGAACGAGGAAUACGAAAUCCGAUACGUUUGUCGACGCCCUGUCUUUGUUUAGAAAAUUGUUGUUUGCCAGGUUUCGAUGCUAACGAGCCAUGCGAUAUUUCUUGCGAAAGUGACGCUAUGCGAUUCCACAGUUUAAUACCGUGUAUAUUUCAAUAUUAAGGUCACACGGUCGCGUGCAUUAGAUUAUUAGUAGAUUGCGAACGUUUAUUCAGAUUUUUACAAAUACGACUGACCGCAGGACUUAUGUUGAAAUUUGUUCUGCUUUUUAAAUAUUACAUACUUUGCUAUAGAUAUUUUGUACAUUCAUAUAUAUAUAUAUAUAUAUGUUAUAGUAUGCAUUCUCUACGUUUUCAUAUAUUUAAAUUUCUCGUAAAUGGAUAAACCUUCGCAAUCUAAUCAUUAAAAAUUCGAACCUGUCGAAUCCUAUUGGCGCCACGAUUACGAACAAAAUCGCCUGCAUUGAAGCCAAUCUUGAUACGAGGCAAAGCAGUUAUCGUGUACAUCAUGCGCAUAAACGAGAUACCAAGGGAACGUUGCACUUAUAGUACUUACGUUGUCGUUAUAUAUCGAAUCCACUGUUUGGUCGUGGACAAUAUUCCAUAAAUUUUACCCUCAUAUAGUCAUGAGGGAUAACUGGUGCGGUGGCUUUCGGCAGAAGCACAGCUUACUGCGAUUCGAUGGCAUCGAAUGGAUAAGACGAUGUUAAAUUUAUAUUCUCACCAUUGAAAUUCUGGAGACUUUCGGGUGCAGUGCCUUUUUGAAAGGACGAUUUCCUGGCGUUACGAGAUUUCGUUAUCGAUAUAAGUCGAUUGGAAAAAUACGAUGUGUGAAUACUUUACCUCCACAUCGUAUAAAAUUUAAAUUAUAUUUAAAAAGAAAAUUUUUUUAUUUUUAAUUUUCUUCUAUAUUUUUUUAUAUAUUUGUAGAGUAGAACAUGUGCGUUUCAACGACAUGUCUAAAAAUCAAAUUCAACAACGAACAUGUAACCAACUGUACUGCCCUCGUCGAUUAAGAACUAUUAUCUGCGAUUUUUAUUUUUACUUCCCUGCGCCGUCCUUUAUCUUUCUUCGUUAAAUAAUAUCGAUUCGAAAAUAUUUAGUGAUUAUAUCAUAAUAGGCUGUAUAUAUAACUUGUUUUAAAAGACACGGGUCGCUUCGAAUAUUUGCAUGUUUUAACAGAUGGAAAAGAAAAAAGAUGUUGGAUGAAACAUUUUAUUCAAGAAGGGCUCUCUAGUCAUAUAGAAUGUUGUAGAUUGGAUAUCCCAGUUAAAUCAAGAGUUAAAAGAUAUCUAAAUAGAAUUUGGAGUAAACAUCUUGGGGACUGAUAGAUCAUAAGGUCGAAACCGUUGAAUUGCGUAUUUCAAAUUUGGUUCAGUUCCGAUAGGAACAAGUAGAACGUAGCAUGGAAGAUUUUGGAAGAUUUUGAUGCAUUAAUUUCAUCAUUCCAAACGUCCACCUUAACAUUACGCGCUAUGUUGCUUCCAUCUAAGACACAAAUACUUAUAUUUUUUUAGAUCCUUCAUAGAGUUAGCCAGCUUUGUCAGUAUAUUAUAAAAUUUCUGAGAAAGUUGGCUGUAACGCUAUCAAAGAAUUCUUCUAAAAGGAUGCUCUAUACACGCGGAAAAUGCUUUGGUAAUUUCGAUCGGUAAGAAAUCAAUUUGUGAAAGCUUCAAAUUCUCCGAUAUUUGUACCAGCCAGAGUUGUCCAAAGAUGGCGGCCAAAACGACAGGCCGUCACAUUAUAGAUGCAGACGUUUGACACUCGACGAUCGGUCGCCAUGCUUAUCCAUUCGUUGCAUUUGCUUUUAAUCCGCUUCAGAGAUAUGAUCUCUUGUACCGGCGCGGGGACAAAUGAGUUAUUAAAACGCUAUAUAGCACAGGAUAUACUCUUUGGCCGGAUGCUUGCGUUUCAGGUGAUCGACUACUUAGAACUCAACUGCGGAUUUUUAUGCAUCUACAGGAAAUGUAAAGGCGCGAAAAUACACAAAAUGCACAUGUACAAUAUAUUACAAUAAUUCAUAGUUGAAACGAUUUUCUGAUCUAUGUUCCGUUCUUCUGAUUAUAUUACCAUGAAAAUAUGAAUUUGCAUAAAUAUCCGUAGUCUACAUACUUAGAGCGUAUUCGUAGUGUGUAUCUCGAUGAGAUCGAGAGGACAAAAAAAAAGUGAGAACAUGUAGCCGAAGAACUCGUCGUCUCGAAGGACGUAAAUAAUGGAAGAAAAUAAAUUUUCGCUAACAGCGUAUAUAUUAAAGAAAGGAAAGAAAAAGAGCAAGUUUCCGGCCGAAAUAAAGCGUCAUUGACGAUAACCCAGGUAGCAAAAUAAACAACCAUCGACUGACAUUUGCUUCGACGAGAGAAAGAAGCUAGGCAAAAACGGAAGAUGCGCUUUAGAAACGCGUUUAUGCGAAACAGGAGCAGCUGAAAGAAUUGAAAGACGAUCUGUGUGUAAUCACGCGUGAAAAUGUAACGCCUCCUCGUGUUGGAAGGGCUUCUGCUCUUUUUUUAGGUGUGCUUUGGCCGGCGAACGCGACUAUUUGACAUGUUGACAAUUUUAACAAGUUCAUGUACGAAGCACUUCGAGUGUGUUUAGCUUUUUGUAUCUUGUCGAUUGCGUUCGAUUCGGUCGUUUAUGCAUUACGGUUCGAAUGAAACGGGACACUUCUCUUUUGUUUUCUUUUUGUUUCCUUUCUUUCCUCGUUGUUGUUUUCUCUUUGAUUCUCCUGUUUCCAAGUCGCGCAUAUGUGCGCGACGAGACGGCGUAUCGACCCGGAUGAAAUUUCGAGUAGCAAAUUCAGCGAACCGUAAAGCAAACGCCGAUUCUAUUAGGGUAUUAAACAGGAGAGACAGAGUUUUCGUCGAUAUUUGACGAGAUAGAUGCACAUUGUAGAUGAAUUUAUCAAUCCGAUUGAUCUAUCGAAGGUGGAUGAAUUCCAAUUGAGACUGGUAUGUUGCGUUUUGGCCAAAGAAUGCCUCUGCUAUACACGGCGCCUUCUGUUAAUUAUUAAGAAACGUAGCUUUUGAAUUAUCAGAUUGCUAACUGGGAUAUUUUAGUCACGUAAGCUGGAUAACUUGUAAAAAUGCAAUUUUUGUACUGUUAUAACGUUAAAUAGACGAAGGUAUACUGACGUUGUAGCGUGAAAGAACAUUUUUCAAUAAAAAAUUUUUCAUACGCAAACAA